AUGGAUGAUGAUGAUGAUGAUGAUGAUGAUGAUGAUGAUGAUGAUGAUGAUGAUGAUGAUGAUGAUGAUGAUGAUGAUGAUGAUGAUGAUGAUGAUGAUGAUGAUGAUGAUGAUGAUGAUGAUGAUGAUGAUGAUGAUGAUGAUGAUGAUGAUGAUGAUGAUGAUGAUGAUGAUGAUGAUGAUGAUGAUGAUGAUGAUGAUGAUGAUGAUGAUGAUGAUGAUGAUGAUGAUGAUGAUGAUGAUGAUGAUGAUGAUGAUGAUGAUGAUGAUGAUGAUGAUGAUGAUGAUGAUGAUGAUGAUGAUGAUGAUGAUGAUGAUGAUGAUGAUGAUGAUGAUUUGGAUGAUGAUGAUGAUGAUGAUGAUGAUGAUGAUGAUGAUGAUGAUGAUGAUGAUGAUGAUGAUGAUGAUGAUGAUGAUGAUGAUGAUGAUGAUGAUGAUGAUGAUGAUGAUGAUGAUGAUGAUGAUGAUGAUGAUGAUGAUGAUGAUGAUGAUGAUGAUGAUGAUGAUGAUGAUGAUGAUGAUGAUGAUGAUGAUGAUGAUGAUGAUGAUGAUGAUGAUGAUGAUGAUGAUGAUGAUGAUGAUGAUGAUGAUGAUGAUGAUGAUGCUGAUGAUGAUGAUGAUGAUGAUGAUGAUGAUGAUGAUGAUGAUGAUGAUGAUGAUGAUGAUGAUGAUGAUGAUGAUGAUGAUGAUGAUGAUGAUGAUGAUGAUGAUGAUGAUGAUGAUGAUGAUGAUGAUGAUGAUGAUGAUGAUGAUGAUGAUGAUGAUGAUGAUGAUGAUGAUGAUGAUGAUGAUGAUGAUGAUGAUGAUGAUGAUGAUGAUGAUGAUGAUGAUGAUGAUGAUGAUGAUGAUGAUGAUGAUGAUGAUGAUGAUGAUGAUGAUGAUGAUGAUGAUGAUGAUGAUGAUGAUGAUGAUUGGAUGAUGAUGAUGAUGAUGAUGAUGAUGAUGAUGAUGAUGAUGAUGAUGAUGAUGAUGAUGAUGAUGAUGAUUGGAUGA